AUGUCACAUGACCAUCCAGACCUGCAGGUGAAGGUGAUUCCCACCACAGACGGACAGACAGUAGCACUGAUAUGUAGCAGCAGCUGUCCUCUGACUGAAGAGCCUGCAGUCUACAUCUGGUACCAGAACAGAGAGGUCCUCUAUCAGGACUGGUCUCCCUGGUACCAACAGCUGGUCAGCAGUGAGGAAGCAGUCAGAUACUCCUGUGCUAUCAAAGGCUACGAGGACCUCAGAGCCCCUGAAGUCUCAGUGGAUUCUGUCACACGGAGCUGCUUUAAGGUGACCUAUGCUAAAGGGACAAUGUGUUCUAAUAAGCAGACAUCAGAGGAGGAGCCCUGCUCCAUCACAUAUCCAACAGAAUUACAUGUUCAAAGGAGUCCUACAGCCAACCCAAACCAUGUCAGACUGACCUUAAAAGGCCUGGAGGAUCUGCACUCUGCUGAAGUCUGUGUUUAUGAUGAGAACUGUUGGAGUGGGAAUUAUGUCAGCAGGAGAAUCUGUGCUCUGGAAGGUUCUUCAGUCAACAUCUCUAGUGAAUAUUCUUAUCCCAACUAUCAACCAACGUCUAAAUUAUGGCUGAAAAUAAAGAGAAGAGUGAAGGAAGACGUUAAAGAGCCACUUAAAGCUGAAGGUCGUGUGAAGUAUCAUGACAACAUGAAGAACCAACACAUCCUGACAAUCAGUAACCUGAAGAAGGAUGACUCAGCAGAAUACACAUUCACACUCCUAGAUGACCAUAGAUGGGUAUGGUCUGAUUCACCUGGAGUCACUCUGGUUGUCACAGGCCUGAAAGUGGAGUUGAGUCCUUCUGCAGUGGUGACAGAGGACCAGAGAGUCACACUGACCUGCAGUACCAGCUGUCCUCUGACUGACAACACAAACUACAUCUGGUUCUUCAACAGUCGACCUCUGACCCCGACAGAGAACCACAACAAACACCUGGUUCUGGACCCGGUCAGCAGUCAGCAUGCAGGAAGCUACUCCUGUGCUGUCAGAAGCCACAACAACAUCAGCUCUCAUGUAAAGACUCUCACUGUCCAGAGUAAAAGAGGACAAUGGACACCAGCAGCAGCUGCAGGAGUCCGUGCUGCUCUCCUGGUUAUAAUACCCCUCUCUGUCUUCUGCUGGAUCAGAAAGAAGAGGACUUCAGGUCAACCUCCAACAAAUGAAACCCACAUCCACAUGGAGCAGUUAAACCCUGGUCCUGUGUAUGAGGAGGUCUCAGCUCCACCAACAGAUUAGAAUCAUCUGGUCUACAGCAGAGUCCAGCCACAUCCAGAUCCAGAACCGGAUCAUGUGCUCUACGCUGCUGUGAACUUCAGACCCAACAGGACCGCUGAGUGAACUUCUGUUGUCUUUACUGAUGAGUCCCUCUACUUUGUCACCUUGCUCAUGAGGACGAGCAGCAGUGUUACAUAUUAUCUAUAUUAUUUCUCCAUCUGAUAGACUGAGAGCUGCAGACCAGACAUCUCUGGUCUAAACACACAAUACCCAUGAACCUUGCUUAAUACAUAUAUUUUCAAUUUAACUCAGCUAUUAGCUUCAGUGUGACGCAGUAACUUAGAUGGCUCAGCUCACAGCAAACAGUAAUAUGUUAGCUAGACUACUUAGUUUAACUUGUAUUUUCCCUGAUGGGUUGUUACACAUGAUGGUGUCCUCUCUUUUAGAGACUCUGUGGAUAGAACGUUGGACAGGGUGUAAAAUGAUUUAAAAUGUACUGAUAUUAAAUGUGACCUUUUAAAAUGUCUUCAGUUUGAACGUCUGUGCUGAUCUCCUGGUUUUC